AUGGUUUUAAAGUGGUUGCUGUGUAUGACCAACAUUCUGCACAAAUAUGGCUCUGCCUGGGGUUCUGUCUGUGGAUAUGAUUGUGGCUCUGGAUAUGGUUGUGGAUAUGGCUCUGGCUGUGGCUAUGGUUAUGGAUAUGGCUCUGGCUGUGGCUAUGGUUGUGGAUAUGUCUCUGGCUGUGGCUAUGGCUGUGGAUAUGGCUCUGGCUGUGGCUAUGGUUGUGGAUAUGUUUCUGGCUGUGGAUAUGGCUCCGGCUGUCAAUACGGCUCUGGAUAUGGAAAUGGCUGUGGCUAUGGCUGUGGAUAUGGCUCUGGCUCUGGCUAUGGCUGUGGAUAUGUCUCUGGCUGUGGCUAUGGCUGUGGAUAUGGCUCUGGCUGUGGCUAUGGCUGUGGAUAUGGCUGUGGCUCUGGCUAUAGCUGUGGAUAUGGCUCUGGCUCUGGCUAUGGCUGUGGAUAUGGAACUGGCUGUGGCUAUGGUUGUGGAUAUGGCUCUGGCUGUGGAUAUGGCUCUGGCUCUGGCUAUGGCUGUGGAUAUGGAACUGGCUGUGGCUAUGGUUGUGGAUAUGGCUCUGGCUCUGGCUAUGGCUGUGGAUAUGGCUCUGGCUGUCAAUACGGCUCUGGAUAUGGAACUGGCUGUGGCUAUGGUUGUGGAUAUGGCUCUGGCUGUGGCUAUGGUUAUGGAUAUGGCUCUGGCUCUGGCUGUGGCUGUGGAUAUGGCUCUGGCUCUGGCUAUGGCUGUGGAUAUCGACCAUUUUGCUACAGAAGAUGCUAUUCCUCUUGCUGCUAA